AUGUCACAAGAAAUCCUCUUGCCCGUUAUUCUUGGCCUAGUGUUUCUCUUGGUCAAGUUUGUUGGCUUUUCCAAACAGGCAAGCAAAACUAUUCCUAGGCCCCCUCUUAUCGGAAAUCUUCUUCAGUUCAAGUCUCCCAGCAUUCUCAAGACAUGGGCGCGUCACCCCAAAGUUGUCAAGGAGCUUCUUGAGAAAAAGUCGGCUGCUACAUCUACUCGUCCGAGCUUUUUGUCGGCAAACGUGGUCUCGGGUGGGAGACGGAUGGUCCUCAUGCCGUAUGGGAAUCACUGGCGGACUCUUCGGUCGAUUAUUCAUGCUUCUUUGACCCCAAAGGCAGCCAAUGUGUUGCAGCCUGCUCAGAACUUUGAGGGAAAGCAGUUGGUCUGGGAUAUUUUCAACAGCGUUAAUAACCCUGGCAAGACCCAGGAAGCCAAGGACGAUCGAGAGAUGGGCUUUUAUACCCAUGUUCAGAGAUACUCGGCGUCAGUCAUCCUACUCAUGGAGUCUAACGCCAUCACCCAGAUCUACAAGGUUAUGAAUGACUUUGGUAGGGUCGCCAAUCCUAUGUACGGUGCCAUCGACAUUUUCCCCUGGCUCUUAAACUUGCCAAAGUGGAUACAUUGGUGGAACAGCGACCUCAAAAAUAUUGAAGAACGACAGACUCCUGAUUGCUUUGGUCGUCAGUUCGUGGAGGCAGGUUAUCGACAGAAGGGCAUCAGUGAGUUGCAAGCUACGUAUGUCUGCGGAACAAUGAUCGAGGCCGGAUCAGAUACCACCGCUGCGUCGGUAAACAAUAGACUUCUAUACCUUAGCGCUUAUCCAGACGUGGUUGCCAGAGCUCAUGAAGAGAUUAAGCGUGUGGUGGGUAGUAGUCGGUCUCCGCUCUUUGACGAUGACCUCCCAUACGUUCGGGCAAUCGUUAAAGAAACGCUUCGAAUCCGACCAGCUACUACCAUGGGCGGGCCUCAUGCAGCUGACCAAGACAUUGAGUACAACGGGUACAUUAUCCCCAAGGGAACCGGUCUUAUGCUUCAUCAAAACGGUAUCCAAGUGGACCCAGAACUUUAUCCGGAGCCUGAAAAGUUCAAUCCAGACCGCUUCCUCGACCAUCCACUCAAGGCAGGAGACUAUGUAGGAAUAGCGGAUCCUUACAAGAGAGAUCACUGGACGUAUGGAACGGGACGAAGAAUCUGCUCGGGGAUGCACGUGGCCGAGAACAGCUUGCACAUUGUCUUUGCCAAGAUACUGUGGGCGUACACAAUUAGUGCGCCUAAAGACGAUGGGGGCAAACUAUUGCCAGUUGAUCUCUCGGAUGAUGCAUUCGUCUUGGGGGCAGUCACUGUGGCGAAGCCAUAUCGGUGCAUUUUUAGUCCUAGAAAUGCUCAGGUUGCAGAGACCAUUGUGAGAGAGUGGAAGGAAGCAGAGAGGGAAGGGUUUCAGCUAGGAGACCGCAAGGUGGGCAUAGACGGAAUCAUCGCGUCGGCACAGACAGACUAG